CAGCAAUGACAAUCGGUUUCAGUCAGGAAGUCAUCAUGAUUGUAUUACUACGUAGUAAACGCUCCUUGUCGCAUGAUAAAUAGAACAGCAGCGCAAGAAAUAAAUGUUUUCAAGCUGUCUUUCACCCACGCAAUCUUUUCUUUCUUCAAUAACUCUCAACACAUCUAUUUUUUUUCCUUUCCACCGUGCCUCCUGUUUAUAACUGGGUUCUCUUACACUGAUGUCUCAACAAACAAGCAGAAUAGUUUGGGACGAAAACGACACGAACACCGUGAUCAAGGCAAAGAAUGACAACCCGGACUUGUCUUGGGAAGAAAUCUCAGCCUUAAUUGACGACCGUCAUAACGCUGACAGAUGUCGCAAGAUGUUCCUUCCUGUUGCGCCCAAGCUUUCACACCAAAUUCCAGUAUGGUACCGCCGCGUCGUGUGCAAAUGGCUCAGACGCGAUCCGCCAACUUCGUAUGAAGAAGUUGCAGCAGGUAUUCCCGGCAACUUUUCUCCAGAAGACAUUGAAAUUUUCUGGCAGUACUAUGCCACUGACAAGGAGAAGGCUCGUGGUACUCGUGAAGCCGUUUCUGAAGGCGUGCAGACCGGAAGAAUCAAUAUCCGCGCACUACGUGGUAUUGGCACGACGAAGGCAGGUGACACCACCAAAGCUGACAAGCCAGAGGCGCAGAUUCCCAAGAAGCCAGAAGAACGUGGUGCGCAAAAAACCGCGAAAACAGGGCUCGACCAUGUUGAACAAGGUCCCAGUAAGCCGCAGAAGCCGGAGCCACGAAGAGGAGGAUAUGUCCGGCCGAGAACUGGCAAGUUUCGUUUCUGGUCGGAAGAGGAGGAAAACACACUGAUUGAAGGUGUGGACACGGGUGUCCCAAUGGCCGAGAUCGCCCGAAAUGUGGAGCGCUCCGAAACUGCCUGCAGAGCCAAAUUGCGUCGCAUGGGUCAAGGAGUGCUGCCACCGCCAAAGCGUCAGAAAACUGACAUGGGUGCCGUCCCUCGUCGUUACGAUACCCGCUCCAGCGCUGCCAAGCCUAAGGACAAGGAAGCCUAGGUGGCUCUCCCAAUUGUUCUUACUUCUCGCUCCUUCUUUGCUCAUAUCCUUCUGCGAAUACCUUCCAUUUGUACCACAAUAACAACAAAAAACACCUUUUUGUGAAUACUUUCUUCCACCACCCAGAAAUUUGCAUUAAAAAUUGAUAUCAUACAAACUUGC